AUGGCGAAAGGACUAAAAGAUAGGUUCUUAGAAGAUCUGAGCUCCAUUCUUUCACAAAAUCCUAUAGACAAAAGUGAGCUUUCCUACAAGUUACAAGAAAUAGCAAGGGAAAAAUUUGUAAUAAGUAUCAAAACUACUGCAAAAGUUCAGCCAAGAUAUUGUGACGGCAAUCCUUGCAGCUAUUAUUAUAACCAGCCCCUGGAUCUAAGCUAUUUGUAUAAGCCUCAAAAUUGCCAAGUUCAUCGAUAUUGCAGUUACUGCCUUCGAGAUCAUAUCCUCAUGUCAUUGCAAAAAAAUCCUAACACCAGAGUCUUGUGCAAAAAAUGCGAAUUCCAAAGUAAUUUCAAUGUCCUUGAAGAAAACGAGCUUUAUUUCUUUAUUACUCCAGAAGAAAAAAAAGAAAUCGAAGCAAAUUAUGAAGAUAAUCAAAGAAGAAGACAAUGCUACUCAGGGUUUCCAGAAUGCUCAUAUAAAGGAAGCACAGAAUACAUAGAUUACAUGGUUAAAUAUGAAUGUGAUGAUUAUUUGUGCUAUUUCUGCUAUGCAUUUCAUGUUGCCAGUAAAAUUCUGGAAAAAAUUAACGAAAUCACUCAAAAUACAAAUGACAGGUUUGUGAUACGGCCUUGAAAAAUAGGAUGCCCUCAUAAUCAUCCUAGAAGUAUAAAUAAUUUUGACAUCGACCACGCACUUGAUGCAAUAAGAAAGGCUGGAUUCGAAGAAGAAAUAAUUGAUAAAAUUGAAACAAACGUAAACCAAUUCAAAUCUGUUUUUGAAGGCCGCCAAGAAGCUUUCAUUAAGUGUGCAAACUGCAGCAAACUUCAAGUUUAUAAUUCAGCUAACCCAAGCCCUUGUAAAUUCACAGAAUGUGGAAAAUGUUUAUUCCAGAAGCAUGAUGCCCACCCUGGCAGUUCUUGUGAUGAUUUACUGCAAGACACUUGGACUCUAUCAACAAACGCAAUUCCAAAUCCAUCUCCUGAUGAUUAUAGCGAAUCAGCAAAAAAAUUUAAGCAUACAGCCUUUAUUCUUACUCCCCCCCCCCUCCGUGAGCGAACAAAAAAAUUUUGUUCGCUCACGGAGGGGGGUUAAUUUUUUUUUUAAAAAAAAUUUAUAUAUAAAUUUUAUAAAAAAUAUUUUUUUCGAAAUUUAAAAAAAUCCUAAUUUGCAAAAAAUUGGAAGCAAAUAUUAAUUUAACUUGCAAAAUUUAUGUUUUUAAAACGCAAUUUGUUUAAAAUUAAACAGAAUUAGCUCUAGAUUUCAUUAUACUAAUUAUCACUUAUAUAUCAAAAUUUUUUUCCAUUAAAUUUUUUCUAUUAAAAAAAUUUUUGUUCACUCACGGAGGGUGGGUUUUUGGUCAAAAAAAUGGCGAUUUUUCUAAUGGUUUUGUUCGCUCACGGAGGGGGGGGAGGGGAGUUAGUGGUCUAUCUAAAGCAAUUCGGCUAAAACUAACCAAUCUGUAUGAAGCUGAAAAUAAAUUUUGUGAAAAAAAUUUUUUAAAUCUGCAAAUGAGUAUCGAAGCCAAUUUUUUAUCUGUGAUUACUCCUUUUAUGACAAAGCAGGAAGCUGAAAAUCAAAUUAAGAAUGGCUUAGUUAAAGACCAAGCAACGCAGUGCUAUAUAUUUUUAAAAGAAAUUAAUGCAAAUCCUCCAGCUGGACAAAAUUGCUUUAUUGAGUGUGAGAUAAUUGGUGAAGGCCAAUUGGAAAAUAAAGUUCCAGCUCAAAGCGAUCUAAAAGCUCCUUUCCCAAAAAUAUUUUGGUUUGGUGAUAAAUACUAUGUUUCUGACUUGAAAGGAAUCUUAAUAAAAAACAUUGGACAAAUUUAA